GGCUCCCUCCUCCGCAGGCCCCGCGUCCUCUGCUCGGCAUCUCUAGCCGCCGCGCGCCGCCGUUCCCCUGCCCCCAGCCCCGUGAGGUCCCCCGUGAGGACGUCGUGUGACCUUGCAGUCCGCAGACGUUCCUGAAACAGGCUGAAAUUGAGGGUGACUCCUGCAUCUUCCAGGUUGCUCUGCCUCUGAACUUCCUUUGGGCCUGAGAGGGCUGCUCCUCCUCCAUGUGCUGAGUGUCACUGACUUGGGCUCUCUCUAGCAYAGCUCAGAAUCCAUCUCCAGGACUGUGUCUUCUUUGCUGUGUGAGGCCCAAGUGGCUCUGGCUGAGAUCUGUCUCCCUGUGACCUGCAGCUGCUAUGAGAUCCAUAGGAAAGAAGUCAGGACUCUCCAGAAGGCAAGAAAUGACCUCAGUGGCCUUUGAGGAUGUGGCUGUGAACUUCACCCAGGAGGAGUGGGCUUUGCUGGAUCCUUCCCAGAAGAAUCUCCACAGAGAUGUGAUGCAGGAAGUCCUUAGUAACCUGGCUUCUAUAGGAGUCAGAUGGGAGAGCCAGAACAUUGAUGAUCACAACACAAAUUCCUGGAGAGAUCUAAGGCACAUCAUACCUCAUUCUGCAAGCAAUCCAUAUGAGAAAGAAGAGUGUGAAGGAAAGCCAUAUGAAUGUAAACAAAAAAGAACAUUUUUAAUUUCUCUCACAAGUGUUCAAAGACAACUGACAUCACACAGUAUAAAUGAACCUUAUGAAUGUCUGACAUGUGGAAAAGAGUUCAAUUGUUCCAAGUGUGUUAAAAAAUAUGGACGAUCUCAUAAUGCAGAGAUGUCCUAUGGAUGUAAGGAAUGUGGGAAAGCCUUCACUAGUUCARAAUACCUUCAGAUACACAUACGAACUCAUACUGGAGAGAUGCCUUACAGAUGUAAACAAUGUGGAAAAGCCUUCACUCGUUCCUCUUCCCUUCAAAUACAUAAGCAAACUCAUGCUGGAGAGAGGCCCUAUCAGUGUGAACAAUGUGGGAGAACCUUCACCACUACUUCUUAUCUUCGCCAACAUGAACAAUCUCAUACUGGAGAGAAGCCUUAUAGAAAUAAACAACGUGGGACAGGCUUUGCUACAUAUAGUCAGCUUCAUUCACAUGAAUGGACUCAUACUGGAGAGAAGCCCCAUGAAUGUAAACAAUGUGGAAAAGUCUUCAGUAAGUCAAAUUACCUUCAAAAACACAUGCRAAUUCAUACUCGGGAGAAACAUUACACAUGUGAGCAAUGUGGGAAAGCCUUCACUUGUUCCAGUUACCUUCGAAAACAUGAAAUUACUCAUACUGGAAAGAAACCUUAUGGAUGUAAACAAUGUGGGAAAUCCUUCACUAGUUCUUCUUACCUUCAAAUACAUAAACGAUCGCAUACUGGGGAGAAACAUUUUGGAUGUAAACAAUGUGGGAAAGCCUUCACUUGUUACAAUACCCUUCAAAAACAUGAAAGAACUCAUAGUGGAGAAAAGCCCUAUAAAUGUGAACACUGUGGGAAAGCUUUCACCACUUCUAGUUAUCUUCAUGUACAUGAAMGAAUACAUACUGGAGAAAAGCCUUAUAGAUGUGAACAAUGUGGAGAAGGCUUUGCUUCAUCCAGUCAGCUUCACUCACAUCAACCAAUCCAUACAGGAAAGAACCCAUAUGAAUGUAAACAAUGUGGUAAAACCUGCACCACAUCCUAUUACCUUCAAGUGCAUAAAAGAACUCAUACUGGGGAGAGGCCCUAUGAAUGUAAACAAUGUGGGAAAACCUUCAUUAGGUCCUCUGUUCUUCACACACAUGAACAAACUCAUAGUGGAAAGAAGCCCUAUCAAUGUGAACAAUGUGGGAAAGCCUUCAAGUGUUUUGCUUUAUCUUCAGAGACAUAAAAGAAUUCAUACUGGAGAGAAGCCUUAUGAAUGUAAACAAUGUGGGAAAGCCUUUGGUAGUUCACAUCACCUUCAUGUACAUGAACGAUGUCAUA